GCACUAACAAGAAUGUAUCGCUUCAUCCCUCCAGCAAGACUGUUGCCAGGAUCUCCAGCAUCCUUUCUUUCUUCUGGACCAUCGUGUCCCCAACCUAGUGGUCCUUAUCCAGGCCCUACUGUACGAGUCCCUGGCCCCACAAGGCCAUAUGUUACAACAAAUGUGCCCUUUUCAGAGCUACGUAGGCCAAAUAGCGCACCCACAGAUCCAGCUGGUCCUUUAGGGCCAUCCCCGACUCCUCCUCUUCCCGUGUCUGGAGCACCCCCUGUUACAUGGGUCACAGUGCCACCGGGAGCCUGGGAACCACCAGCACCGUAUCCUACUCAUGAAGCAUCAUAUCCCACCCCAGGACUCCAACCUUCUCCAAAUAAUCCUUACCAACUGCCUCCAGGACUGUCUGGUGCUUCACCAAUGCCUGGUAGCCUCCAUAAAAUGAAUGAAAUCCCAGGUGGCUCCCCUUCUGAUUCAUCCAACCCGGAGAGCACCUUGGAGACCCCUGAACAAAAGAAACACCUGAAGCUCGACAACAAAUCUAUCAAGAGGAGACGUUCCAAGAAGAAGAGCAAGCGAGUAACCUGGGGAGACAUCAAGACUUUAACUCAUAAAGCUGAGAUCUUGGGGAAGCAACAGGGACACAAUACUACUGACCCCAAGAUGAUGCUGUUAUGUUUAAUGACUAUGUUACAUGUUAAUUCUCAGCAUGAAAGUGAAGGGUCCAAAUGACUUUUGUCAAGGAGGGUAAAAGGCACACCUGUAAUAAGCAGUUUAAUGUUGUUUUCCAAAACAAACAAACAAACAAACAAAUACAAGCAAGAAAAAAACA